AUGGCUCUGCAGGAUGUGUGCAAGUGGCAGGCCCCUGACACCCAGGAGCUAUCACCUCACCUGUCUCAGGCCGCUGGCUGGGCUGUGCCCCGAGGCUGUGACCCUCAAGCCUUCUUGCAGACCCACGGUCCCAGGCUGGCCCACGGCACCACCACCCUGGCCUUCCGCUUCCGUCAUGGAGUCAUUGCUGCGGCUGACACCCGGUCCUCCUGCAGCAACUACGUGGCAUGUCCAGCCUCACGCAAGGUCAUUCCUGUUCACCAGCACCUCCUGGGCACCACCUCUGGCACCUCCGCUGACUGUGUCACAUGGUACCGGGUGUUACAGCGGGAGCUGCGGCUGCGGGCCCUGAGGGAGGGCCAGCUGCCCAGUGUGGCCAGUGCCGCCAAACUCUUGUCAGCCAUGAUGUCCCGCUACCGGGGGCUGGAUCUGUGUGUGGCUACUGCCCUGUGUGGCUGGGAUCGCUCCGGACCUGCUCUCUUCUAUGUCUACAGCGAUGGCACCCGCCUGCAGGGAGACAUCUUCUCCGUGGGCUCUGGGUCUCCUUAUGCCUAUGGCGUGCUAGACCGUGGCUACCGCUAUGACAUGACCACUCAGGAGGCUUAUGCCCUGGCUCGCUGCGCUGUGGCCCACGCCACCCACCGUGAUGCCUACUCUGGGGGUUCUGUUGACCUUUUUCAUGUGCGAGAGAGUGGGUGGGAGUACGUGUCACGCGAUGAUGCCUGGGUGCUGUACUCAGAGCUGCAGAAGCUCCCAGAGCCAGAGGAGCAAGAGGAGAAGGAGGCCAGCCAGGACCAUCCUGAACCUGCCACUCCCCACGGAGCUGGGGAAGAUGGAGAGCUUUCUGUGGGGCUGGUACCAGGAGACUCUGGGCUUCCCGCAGAGACUGAGACUCUGUAA